AUGAAGAUCAGACCCCUCCAUUCACCCCUCCUACUCUUUCUCAUCCCGACCAUCUCGUCUACUUUGGCCAAUCCCCUGCCGAAUUCUGGAGGUCAAUCUGAUUCUAAUUCCCUGACUAAGAAGGAUGCCAACACACCUGCUCCCUCUCCGUCCGACUAUUUAACUGAUAAACUAUUACUGAAAGCUCGACGCGCUGUUGCUGUUCCAUAUGAUGGGAAGGAUGGGAAACCACAUGCCGGACCUUGGGUGGAGACAAAUGCUGACCGGGAUCGCAAAAUAUUGAAAGAAUUAUCGGAUAAGCAGAACUCAGUGAGACCAGGUGGGACUGAUGCCCCAUUAGAAAACGUUGCCCCCGAUGGAACGUCAAUUCCUACCUCUAACGAUGGGGUCAUGGAUGAUCCGAAUCGACCUGGGCCAAAGGAGGGCACAAGGGGCACAGAGGGUGGUGUUUCCGAGAAGACCAAGGAAGUAAAGGUUGGAAUUGAGAAAAAGCCAGAUCCCCCAAAAGCAGCUCCGCCAUUGCCGCUCAGUGAACAGCAGAAGUUCACACCUGGAGAUAUCACUAAACCGAAGAAAGAAGCUAGUGACUCGAAGAAAGAUAAAGUCUUGGAGAAACCCCAGGAUUUACCAGAAUCACCACACAGUAUUCCUCUGCCCACACCGCCCGGCCGAUCUGGCAAGCCUCUGGGUUUUGACCAGUCAGCUCCUCCGACAUCUAAAUCUCACGACACGUACGCUGGACCUAGCAACGAAUUCGCACAGCCUCUGCAUUCGUUUGUCCUUUCCCUUACCAUGAUUAUAUUUUCCGAGGUGGGCGAUAAAACAUUCCUUGUUGCUGCGUUGAUGGCUAUGCGCCAUCCUCGCAUGGUGGUCUUUUCGGCUUCCUUCACUGCUCUUAUCGCAAUGACGGUGUUGUCCUCUAUUCUUGGCCACGCCGUCCCUACUCUCAUACCUAAAUCCUUUACCAAAAUUGUAGCCGGUGUCCUUUUCCUCUUUUUUGGCUUCAAGAUGAUUUUGGAAGCAAGGAAAAUGGCGCCAGAUGAGGGCGUGGGAAAGGAGAUGCAAGAGGUAGAAAUGGAACUGGAGGAGAAAGAACACCAACAACGACAAACCGGAAGGCAUUCGCCUGCCGGUCCCUAUGAGCUGGAAGCCGGUCGUGUCCCGCGUAAGAGUCGCUCAUCAAAUCACCGCCUUCCAUCACCCGAAAGUCUCUCAUCAGCAUCAUCCCGGGAUGCCUCCCCCUCCCACGGUAGGUCUGUAGGAAAUAUCAUGGUUGGCAUAAACAACUUGUUUUCCCUCUUGUUGAGUCCCGCAUGGGUUCAGACAUUUGUUAUGACUUUCCUUGGAGAGUGGGGUGAUCGGAGUCAGAUCGCUACAAUUGCCAUGGCUGCUGGCCAGGAUUACUGGUGGGUUACUUGUGGUGCGAUAACUGGACAUGGAAUUUGCACCGCAGCGGCAGUGAUUGGGGGGCGGGCUGUUGCAGGCAAAGUGAGCAUUCGCGUUGUUACUUUUGGUGGUGCUAUCGCGUUCUUCAUUUUUGGUUUCAUAUACAUGUUAGAGGCGUUUGUUCUUUGA